AUGACGAUAACAAGACCUCGGCGCAUCAGAAGACAAAGUAACAGCCUCGUUUCCGAGCAGGAAAGACUAGCGCGUAAGCGCGAACAGAACUGCGCUGCGCAACGGACAUACCGUCGCGCCCAGAAAGAGCGCAUCCAGGCGCUGGAGGCGGCCGUAGCCAUGUCGGCGUCGACUGGCAGAGGUACCUGGACACAGUCCGAAGAUGUACUUGGAACCAACCUUUUGUCUAUCAAAGGCUCGGCAGAGACGGCCUUCCCGACUUCAGCAACAACGGCUACCGACUCCAGCAAUUUCACCAACACGCUCUACCAGCCGCUUCUUGAUUUAAACUUGGAUCCUAGACUGACUCAAAGUCUUGGCAAUGGUUCUGCCAGUUGCCCUGGAGACAUUUUUGGCGGAUAUGCGUUCCAGGCCAGCCAUACGACUACCACCACCGUUGCUGCUGCUGCCGCCGCCGCAGCGACCAACAACACCACGACAUUAUCCCUCUCUUGUGACCAUUACGGCGAAGAAAACCACCAGGCUGAAUCUGCACCGGCAAUGACAACUGAGCAUACGCAGACAGAGGACAUCAGCAAUCUAAACACCUCGCCUGCGUUUGAUGAUGCGGAGGCAACAGCAUCGUCUUCGGAAGGGAUUGACGAAGCGUCAGCAUGGAGCCACUCGGCAGACAAUUAUAUGACACACGCCGGUGGUUACAAGAGUGAUAACUCUUCCAUUCACGAACAGUCAGCAACACCAAGGAACCACAAAGACAAACGAUGCACUGCGCUCCAUAUCGCCGCCCUAGCCGGCGAUAGCUGUAUGGUGGAGCUGCUCUUAGACCGCGGCGCGGAUGCAGGAUUGUUGAACAAAGGCGGCCAGACCCCCCUGCAUCUGGCCGUCAUUGGCGCAGCAGAGGCAGAAAAAGGCUUCGGUGGCCGACACAGCUGUGCCAAUAACGCCAGCAAUGGUGGCGGUGAUAAAAUAGCCAAAGAAGCGGAAAAGACGGUACGACUAUUGCUGCGAGCACUAGGCGCGGGAGCUGACCGCCGUCCAGGCGCACUCGACAAAUCGGGUCGCUCGGUGCUGUUUACGGCCAUCACCACGGGAAGCGAGGCAAUCGUGCAGAUGGUCCUGGACGCUCUGGGCGACGAAAGCGUUGCUAACGGCAGCUCUAGCUUCCAUUCUGACUCCAAUGGAGUCGAAUCAGAUGCUAGGCAUGCAGGCAUCAGGGCCGCGCUCCAGGUGCCCGACGCCAGGGGCACCCUUCCAUUGCAUUGGGCAGUGGCAUCCGGAUCUGUAUCUAUGGUGCGGCUAUUGCUAUCCAAUGGGGCGGAUAUCAACCAGUGA